CCGAAAAAAAAAAAUACUCGAAAUGUAAAGCUAGGACACAUCACUUCCUGUGUCAAGUCCGAGUAUUUCCGGUAUAAGCGGGAAGGUGAGAGGGUGAGAGUGAUGUCUCAGAAAGCAGUAAUAAAAGAUGAAGGAUUUGCUGAUGGAUCAGAGGAGUGCGUGAGGAGAAGGAGGAGGAAGAAGAGUGAUGGUGAUGGUGAUGGUGGUGAUGGUGAUGGUGGUGUUGAUGAUGAUGAUGAAGCGCCUCUAAGGGGAUUACUCGUCUCUUCUCACACUGUACUGGAUGAAGCUCAUCGCUCAGGCAGGGUAAAGUGCUCCAUCUGCGGCUCCUCACGCCUCCUCUACUGCUACACCUGCUGCUGCCUGGUGGGACUCAACCCUCAAACCAUCCCCACUGUCAGGCUUCCUAUAAAGAUUGAGAUUAUUAAACACCCGAAUGAGACGGAUGGGAAGAGCACCGCGGUUCACGCUAAACUUCUCGCCCCAGACGAUGUUUCCAUUUACACCUACCCCUGUAUCCCAGAGCUUGACACACACACACACAACGUGGUGCUGGUGUUUCCCGGUCCAGACUCCAUGACGGUUGAGGAGUUGGCGGAUUAUAUAAAUAAGAGCAGGAGGAAAAGAGCAGCUGAGAGAUCACCUGAGGAGCGAGAGGCCAAAAAACACAAACUGCAGGAGACAAGCAAUGACUCACACACACACACGUCAGAGAACACGCAACUCACACAGAAACACACUUGUCCGGUUCAGAGGGUCAUUUUCAUCGACAGCACCUGGAACCAGACCACUAAAAUCAUCACUGAUGAGCGACUGCAGGAUUUCCCACGUGUCGAGCUAAAGUCGAGAAGAACAUGUUUCUGGCGUCACCAGCGAGGAUCUCCUAACACCUACUUAUCCACCAUUGAGGCCAUUUACUACUUCCUGAAAGACUUCCACAUCCACUGUUUACUGCGAGAGUACAGCGGAGAAUACGACAACCUUCUCUUCUUCUACACCUUCCUCCACAAACUCAUCCACACUGCCAAGCAGGCCCGAGUGUGAGGAGCUCUCUCUCACACACACACACACACACACACACACACACACACAAACUCAUCCACACCACCAAGCAGGCCCGAGUGUGAGGAGCUCUCUCACACACACACACACACACACACACACACACACACACACA